AUGUGCGACACCGUGCAGAAUGAUUUGUUGGAGAAUACGGAAUUCUUAUCCAAUCAUACUUGUCUGCUUGUUCCCAGACGGGAAAACGGCAGUCACGCCAACAUUGCGUUCUACCGGUCGGGAACACAAACCAAUCGGCACGGCACGGCACCCCGACGCAAGUCACCACCCACCACCGCGUUCCUUCCUCUCGCCCACAAGUUUGCCCAGCACGACAGAAACGCACCGUUACACCCGUUUCCCGUUCCAAUCUCUCUCCUCCCAAAACCUCCUUUUCCACCAUUCGGUAGCAUGAAGCUCCUUUCCAUUGUUGCCUUAUUGGCGACUCUGACCAUCGGCUGGGCCGCCAAUGACUGUGAAGUGUGCGUCAAGGUCAUGGAGGACGUGCGCGCCACGAUUCCCAAAGCCGACGCCAGCAAAAAGCCGGCCAUUGAAGCGGCACUCGGUGCCUACUGCGCCCGGGAUACCUUGUCCGCGCGCGAACGCAAAAUUUGUUACUACAUUGACCCCAUCAAAAGGGACGUGGCGCAGCCUUUCUCCCUCGGCAUGACGGCACUGAAAACCUGCCAACGCAUCAACCAAUCAAAUCCAGAAAUAUGCACCGUCAAGUUCCCCGUUAAAACGGAAAAAAUGGAAACCAAAGAUAUCAACAAACUGCGGGUCAAGCAAUUGAAACAAAUCUUGGCCGAUAGGGGUGUCGAGUGUAAAGGAUGCGUCGAAAAGGAAGAAUUCGUCAAGCGGGUGCAAGAAACGGAACAUAUGGCGUCCGAUGAAUUCUAG